GCCGUGUUCUGCUGGGGACUGGUGAAUGGCAGCCAAUGGGAGGGUUGAGUCCCCUCAGCCUUUCAGCCUCCCUGACAUCCACAGCGAGAAGUGAUGCAGCGCGACUGAGACGCGCAGUUGAGGUGGAACAACGGGCAACAAAAGCUGCAGUGAACGGAUACACUUGGCUCCGACGCGCGCAUUCGCAUCCCAGGGAAACAAUUCCUUCUUAGAAUAAACUUCAUUAUCAGGUGCUGUUUUUCCGCCCCAUGUGACUGAGAGGAGCCUUCUCUGCUUCAAUAGAUUACAGCAUGUGGACUGAUCCGAUACUCUGACCAAGAACCACUGGACAUAGACCACUGCAGGGGGGAGAAGAAGGCUGUGGUGGUGUGGCCAUGGAUAGAAGGAGAGUUUGCGUAUUGAUGGUGCUGUGGGUUAUGGCCCACCUCAGCUCUCCUGGUCACGGGCUCAGGGCCCUGCGGAGAACUACAGGGGGGCACAAGGGGGCCGCAGGACUGACGGGUCAAGACGCCAAUGGAGUGCCGCUGAGGCGAUCCAAACGUGGAUGGAUGUGGAACCAGUUCUUUUUGUUGGAGGAGUACACCGGGUCCGACAUGCAGUAUGUCGGAAAGCUUCACUCGGAUUCAGAUCGAGGAGAUGGGAACACGAGGUACGUCCUCACAGGGGAGGGGGCCGGGUCUCUCUUCAGGAUAGACGAGAAGUCUGGGGAUAUUCACGCCACCAAGAGGCUGGAUCGGGAGGAGAAGGCCUACUACAUCCUCCGGGCCAAGGCCGUCAACCGCUUCACCAACGAGGCGCUGGAGGGGGAGUCCGAGUUCAUCAUCAAGAUCCACGACAUCAACGACAACGAGCCGCGCUUCACCAAGGACCCGUACAUGGCCAGGGUCCCUGAAAUGUCUGACAUCGGCACCUCCGUGAUUCAGGUGACAGCCGCAGACGCCGACGACGCCACCUACGGGAACAGCGCCCGCGUGGUGUACAGCAUCCUGGAGGGCCAGCCAUACUUCUCUGUGGACCCAGAAACCGGCCUGAUCAAGACCGCCCUCCCUGGCAUGGACAGAGAAGUGAAGGAAAACUACCAGGUUGUGAUCCAGGCUAAGGACAUGGCGGGGCAGAUGGGGGGGCUCUCCGGCACCACCACGGUCAGCAUCACGCUCGCAGACGUGAACGACAACCCGCCGCGCUUCGCUAAGACCGUCUAUGAGUUCAGGGUUCCUGAAUCCUCCGAUAUUGGUUCUGCUGUGGGAGUGAUCCGGGCCAUGGACAACGACAUAGGCGAGAAUGCGGAAAUGGAGUACAGGAUCAUCGGGAGCGACGGCCCCGGCAUGUUCGAUGUCACCACCAACAGGAGCACACAGGAGGGGGUCAUCUUGCUGAGAAAG